CUUGUUCGCAUUCCCGGUCUCUCAUCGGUUGUCAUUCUUUGGUUUCCGGGGUGUGCUAUUCUGGACUCUGGAGUAUAAUACGAAAGUUGUGAGAGGAACCAUCGGUUUUUCCUGAAGUUGUCUGCCAAAAAGUAGGCGAUACAAUUGCACAGGCUCAAUAUGGCGUGCAACCCGAGAAUAUCAUUGGCAUUGCUGCGACGGGCUCGUGCUCCAGCUCCAUUUGCGCGUGCAAGCCGUACCUUGCGACCUGCAACACAGCUCAGACUGGCUUCGACAACCGCCGAGGCUCAUCAACAUGAUCCUACCGAUACAUCAAAAGCUGCUCCGAGCCCUCCAAAGGGCAUCUCUUUCACAACCGAGAAAUACCCGCAAUUACAACGCGAUUCUCGGUUUGCUAAGCUCACCGAGGAGCAUGUGAAUUAUUUCAAGGACCUACUCGGAAAGGAUUCCGCAGUGAUUGACGGCGUAUCACAAGAUGCCACAGACGAUAUUGAGCCCUUCAACAGUGACUGGAUGAGAAAGUUUCGUGGUCACACCAAGCUUGUGCUUAAGCCCGGAUCCACGGAGGAGGUUAGCAAGGUGCUCAAGUACUGUAACGACAACAUGCUAGCCGUUGUUCCACAAGGUGGAAAUUCGGGUCUUGUUGGAGGAUCGGUUCCAGUCUUUGAUGAAAUCGUCAUCAACACUGCCCGGAUGAACCAGAUUCGCUCCUUUGAUGAAGCUUCCGGCAUUUUCGUUGCUGACGCUGGCGUCAUCCUCGAGACUGCGGAUUCGUAUUUGCAAGAGAGAAACCACAUUUUCCCGCUUGAUUUGGGUGCCAAGGGCUCGUGCCAGAUUGGCGGAAACGUCUCAACUAAUGCCGGUGGCCUGCGGCUUCUCCGGUACGGCUCAUUGCAUGGCAACGUUUUGGGCAUUGAGGCUGUCCUACCUGACGGAACCAUUGUGGACGACCUUUCCAAGCUACGCAAGAACAACACCGGCUAUGACCUGAAGCAAUUGUUCAUUGGCGCCGAGGGUACCAUCGGUAUCGUCACUGGUAUUUCAAUCAUCUGCCCUCAGAAGCCGCAAGCAGUCAAUGUCGCCUUCUUUGGAGUCGAAAGCUAUGAGAAGCUCCAGCGUGCCUUCAGGGAUGCCAAGGGCUACCUGUCCGAAGUCCUCUCCGCUUUCGAGCUCAUGGAUGGCUCGAGCCAGCAGGUCGUCAACAGCGUUACUGGCAAGAAACACCCCUUGGAAGGAGAGUAUCCUUUCUACUGUCUCAUCGAAACGAACGGCUCCAACAGCGAGCACGAUGCUGCUAAACUCGAAGCCUUCCUCGAGCACGCCAUGUCCGAAGAAAUUGUCGCCGACGGUGUCCUCGCUCAAGACGAGACCCAAAUGCGCACCCUCUGGUCCUGGCGUGAGGGUAUCACCGAAUGUCUAGGCCACUGGGGUGGUGUGUACAAGUAUGAUCUUUCGAUUCCCUUGUCCGAUCUGUACCAGCUUGUCGAGGACACCCGCGAACGUCUCAACUCCGCCGGCGUGAUUGGUGAUGACCCCGAGAAGCACCCCGUCGUGACCGUUGUCGGAUACGGCCACAUGGGCGACUCCAACCUGCACCUCAACAUCUCCACCCGCCGCUUCGACAAGGAGGUCGAGCAGCUCCUCGAGCCUUUUGUUUACGAGUGGGUUGCCAAGCGCAACGGCAGUAUCAGCGCCGAGCAUGGCCUUGGUCUCACCAAGAAGCCUUUUAUUGGUUACAGCCGUAGCGACACCAUGAUUGGCCUCAUGAAGCAAAUCAAGAACCUUUACGACCCGAAGGGUAUCAUGAACCCGUACAAAUAUAUAUAAAUCUGCAUUCCCCCAAAAAAUGCAUUAAUGAGAUAUACAAUUCCAUUAUAUCGGCACUGCCCUAUUUUUUCCCCUUUCGCCCACGAGACAAAAGAGCAUCUAUUCAACACAUUGGACUAGAUAGCCAUCUAUCCAUCCAUCUUUUCUUCGAACUUUUUAUCAUCUAAUUAUCUUAUCUAGUUGGAGCGAGAGACUGUUUAGUGACAAUGGCGUUUUAGCGCCAUUAUCCUUUUUCAUUUUUUUUUCUCUUUCCUCUUUUCCAUUUCUACUUCAUCUAUUAUACUUUUCUUUUUAACUUCUUGGCCAAUUCUUUUUGGAUUCAACUCUAUCCUAAAAAUCGUUCUGAUAAGACUAGAACCCUCCAGCAGUCACAGCCAAUACGUACUCGACCGGGCCAAAAAUUUUCUUUGGACGAAAAGCGAGGAUUUUAGUAUAGUCCUACCUUAGGUAUAUUUGGAUCAUCUAGACGCUUUAAAAAAAAGUUAAACUUAUC